CGGAAGAUCAGAAAUGCCCGCAAACUUGUCAUGGUUGAAGAACCUCAACAGCCUUCGCACUAUGUGGUUGAUGUUUUACUCGAGUACCGUCAGAACGGUGACCUUGCUGUGCCCCUAGUCGAUGGAGGCGUGGACCCUUCUCUUCAGUUCUCAAAUGAAGGCAAAAACUAUCGUGCGAUUUACUACAACAUUGAAAACCUGUUUGACUCUGAAAUAUUGCGGGAAAAGCAUCAAGUGAUGUAUUUGACAGACGCUCGCAGGGAAAGAGACUGCUCAGAUCUUCAAGACAAUGCGAACGAAAAUAUAGUAGACUCUGCGCCAGCUCCAGCGAAGUCACCGUCUAAAAGUCCGCCUGCUUUCAUGUCGCCGAGGGAAGUUGGGACCCUCAAUGGCGAAGCAGCGCAGUUAUUUCGUCGUGCGGAAGGCAGUGAGAGAGUCGAGCGGCGCAUUGUGAACCAGCAAAACGGAAAUCCCGUGGAGGGUGCUCGUGGUGUCUGGCGCGCUCUUCCUGCGUGGACUCCAGUCCCAUAUGAAGUGGCGCAGGGCCUUGGCGUUCCGACUUAUCCGAACGCGCCGACGGGAAAGAGUCCUGCCAUCAGUUCGGGUGUAAACGCAGCAGUGACCCAGAUGGCUGCGGCCAUCGACCGGCAAAGCAACCUGCAAGCCUCUUCACCACAAGCAGGCGAUGCAGGAACUACAAUCGGGAGCUCUACUCAAGCAUCCGACAACGACGUAACGUCUGUGGCGACCCUUGAAGUGCUGGCAACUUCUAGUCACGCUGUCACGUCGGGGCAGGAACAAGCGACCAUAACCGAAAAUAAAAGUGCAGUUUUGGUGAACAACGGUGGUGCGACUCCGCCAUUAACAGAGACUGAAAGAGAAGUAGUGCAGCUCUCAUCCGGUUUGCCAGUGGAGCGAGUCGUCACGGUGUUCACCACCACCUUGCAAAACGCUCUCAAUGCAUCAGAGGGUCGCGGAGGACAGCUCACAACGAUUGCCCGAGAGUCACACCAGUUGCCGCAUUCAGGAAACAUGUAUGUUCGUCGUGUAGACGCGGAGCGAUACCAUGCCGACGGCAUUGUGAUCUCUAUGGAGGGUUCAAAUGGCAAUUGGAGUCGAGUUGUCCCGGCACAGCUCGCGUGGGUCCAACAGCGCGUCCUUGAGUUGCGGCUUUCCGUAGAACAACCAGUGACGCAGGAACAGGCUGUGGGAGGAGGAGAGCAGC